CGUCUUGGUGCAUCUGUCCUGCAACAAACCUCGGCUCUCAGCGCACCACAUCGCCCUUCGCUCAAGUCUAAGCACCAUCUCAUUUCAUUCACCGCCAUCAUGUCUUUAGACCUGGAAAAACACUUGACCUUUUAUGGUGCAUACCACCAUAAUACCGUCAACAUCGGCAUUCACAUGGCCUGUGUGCCCAUAAUCUUGUUUUCCGGAUUUUGCCUUGCCACCAACACAGGAACUCUCGUUCCACUCCCUAGCUGGCUCACCGUCCCUAAUCUAGAUCUCAAUUUGGGAACACUGGCAGCCCUGACUUGGGGUGGUCUUUAUGUUCUUCUCGAACCUGUCGCCGGCACGCUGCUGGCCGUUAUUUGCUUGGCCGCCACUGCCGCUGGCAACCACUUCAGGGUUGAGAACCCUACCUUGACCAACCAGGCCGCCAUCGGCAUCCACAUCGCCUGCUGGAUCUUCCAGUUCAUCGGUCACGGCGCCUUUGAGGGACGCGCGCCGGCGCUGUUGGACAACCUGGUUCAGGCUGUCUUCCUCGCCCCCCUUUUCGUUUGGCUUGAGUUCCUCUUCAAGCUUGGAUACCGCCAGGAACUCAAGGGCCGGGUUGACAAGGCCGUCGAGAAGGAGAUUGCCAAGUUCAAAGCCUCCAAGGCGAACGGCGACGCCAAGAACGGAAAGGCACAAUAGAUAUCUCGCAGACCAGCCGACGACAAAAUACUUUUAAUCGGUCUUGCGAUGUGAAAUUCAAACAAACCUACGCACCUAUCGAACACCAGACUACACGCGCUAGCCCAGCGCUUACU